AUGAGUGCUCUAAGAAGAGUCGUGCUCCUCCCAUCAAUGGUCAGGUUUGGAGGUGGCGCUAGGUCCUCUGCUCCCCUCCUUCGGAAAUUGAGGCCUCAAUUCUGCUCCUUUCCAUUCUCAACUUCACGUCCACGACGUCCAGUACUAGAGGUGGCGCCUGGAUGCGAUCUGGUCUACGAAUCCGCGGACGCUAAACCCAUUGACCAACCUGCAGCAACUCCUCGACAAGAGGCUUCGAAGGAGGGGGGCAUUUCAAUUCCAACUUCGGCGAUGUCGGACAAGAAUAUGAGCAUCACCUUCACCUGCAAUGUGUGCAAAACACGCACCCAAAAGUUCUUCUCUAAGUUGGCCUACACCCGCGGUCUCGUCAUUAUUCGAUGCCCAUCCUGCCAGUCGCUUCACCUCAUCGCGGAUAACUUGGGCUGGAUCAAGGAGAAGACUCCCUGGCGUAUCGGUGAGCAGAAGCACCUACUUAUGCCGGAAUCUGUGCAACCGCAGAAGGAAGAAUAA